AUGGAAACGGUCCCUGCAGACUACGGCAAGCGGGUUUACCAAGGAGUCCGGGUCAAGCACACGGUGAAGGACCUGCUGGCUGAGAAGCGUUCAAGGCAGACCAGCAGCUCACGGCUGAACGGAAGUCUUGCCACAACACAGUCGUCAUUUGUCCCACUGGCAGGUUCUUCUGCUAUGUCUGGUUACUAUGGCAUCCGAAGAUCUCUAAUGGCAGAUGUGGAUUUACAAAACAAUAAGCAGAUCUCAAGUGACAUCUACACUUCCUCCCUCAUAGCAAAGCCAUUUGCGUAUGAAUCACCGGCAGUUCAGGGAUAUCCUUCACUUCUAGACACCCAUUUCAUUGACCAAUAUGCUGACCACCGAACUGCAUCCGUCACCUCUGGAGCCUCGUCCCUCUUUAGUGCCUCGUCGCCACUGACAUCGGUCAUGCCAUCCUUCCCAAGCGACUCGGCACAUUUUUUAAGUAGAGACUCCUGGGAACAAGCCAUGCCCGACAGCCUUGGCCAAUCGGAUGUGUGUCCUCCCGACUCCCUUCAAGCACCUUCCAUCACUACCGGCUGCCUCUCCUCUCAUGAGCCGGGAGUUUCUUCCCAGUACAGAAAUCCCACCUGGAAUUCGCCCAUCUCUGGGACUCAAUCCUACUCUUUCCAUGCUCUGGACGACGUCCACUACGCAGCCGGCUACUCUGCUGCAUCUCCCUACCCAUUCUCAUCUUUUAUGUCCACUGUGGCCAGUGACCUGACUCCCAAAAUGCUCCAGACCUCUUCAGAGGAGUCUUCAGACACAGCCCCUCUCCCUGACAACAGCUCUCUCUGGCCGAAGGAAGAUGGGAGCCCCCUUUGGGGGUCCUACGAAUGUCGAAGGACUUACUAA